AUGGGAGAAGAGCUGCAACAUCAGAACAAUCCAUCACUUUAUAACCAAUCAGCAUCUACUUACGGCUAUGGAAGCUCGAUAGACAUUGAAUCUGCAGCAAGCAAAGCUGUUCUUCGCGAACAAGAGAUUGAAACGCAGAAGAUCAUACAAGGUCAAAGAGAGGCUGGGACUUCAGUAGAUGGAGAAGAUAACACUGACAUUCUUCGUCAACGUGCUGACCCCAAUGCUUUAAAGGAACAUUUGCUAAAAUUCACUGCACAUCAUCGGGCAGAAACAGCAUCAAAACGUGGGAGUGUGAGUACAUGUGGAGAAGGUAAUGUGGAUGUUGGGAAUGGUUAUGGUAUACCGGGUGGAGUUGCUUACGCAAGCCACUCCCAGAUCAGUGAGAAGCCUGAACCUACUGAUUAUCUGCCUGAAUAUCUCAAACUUAAAUUAAAGGCCAGGGGGAUUCUCAGAGAUGGUUCAGGGGCUGUUACAUCUAACGCUCAAGAUGCAUUAGCAGGUGAUUGGAAUAAGCCACCUUUUCCGACGAAUGCAAGCACCUUACCAUUAGGAUGGGUAGAUGCGAAAGAUCCUGCUUCUGGUGCUACAUAUUACUAUAACCAGCAUACCGGGGCAACCCAGUGGGAAAGGCCUCUUGAGCUACCUCCCACCGUUUCAAGUGCGCCACCACCUCUGCCUCCUAAAGAAGAGUGGAUUGAAACACUUGAUGAAACAUCUGGUCAUAAGUAUUACUACAAUACAAGGACACAUGUAUCGCAAUGGGAACCUCCAGCUUCUUUAAAGAAGACUGCUACCACGAACACCAACAACACUGUCACCCAAACUACUGCUAAUGGGAAGAAGGAGAUUCAGCCCUCUCAGCUGCCAAGAUGCAGCGGAUGUGGUGGCUGGGGAGUUGGCCUUGUCCAGAGCUGGGGUUACUGUGCUCACUGUACCAGAGUUUUCAAUCUCCCAGAGCUGCAGUACUUAGCAUACGUCACAAAUGCAGGAAAGUCUGUCCAAAACGAUCCUAAUCAGAGGUCAAGUUCAAAACCUCCGGUGAAAAAGGGAGCAGGCAAAAAACGUGCGCAUGCGGAUGAUGAUGAGGUUGACCCAAUGGACCCAAGCUCGUACUCAGAUGCUCCACGUGGUGGCUGGGUUGUUGGACUGAAAGGAAUGCAACCACGAGCCGCUGAUACAACUGCCACAGGUCCUCUGUUUCAACAGCGACCAUAUCCAUCACCUGGAGCUGUUCUAAGGAGAAACGCUGAGUCAGCAACACCGCAGAAGAAGAAACCAAACUCUCAUUUCACGGAAAUCACAAAGAGAGGCGAUGGAAAAGAUGGUCUUGGGGAUGCAGAUUGA